ACCCAUCCUCAUCCUCCUCGGCUCUGAUGAAAACAUCGGUCUGAGGCUGAAACGGAAGCCGCGGUCCCUCCCGCUCGCCGUCCGUGGAUCAGAUUCGGUGUUUCUCGCGUGUUUUCGGGGAGAACGGACCCCCCCCCCCCUCUAUCAGCUCCGCCGGAGCUCAUGCAGACGGAGCGGGGCGACGCCGGGCUGUGGCGGGGCUGCGGAGCCGCAUAUCCGGCCGGGAAGCUCAGGAAGGACCGGUGAUGAGGAUGAGGCCUCGCUGGAGAUGAAAGCAGCGCGUGAACGCGCGCGUGGAGACGUUGGAGGAUGACCGUGGUCUCGGCCGCACAUCUCCUCUUCCGUCUGGACUGAUGCUGGUCCGGCACACCUGUCCCUCCGUAACCUCCUGCUCCGUUCGGCUGCAGACACGCCUCUGUUGGUGGAAGCUCGGUUGAUGGGCGGACGGAUGAUGAACACUGCCUCGCUCAAGCGAUGAGGACGCAUGAGUACCGGCAGAGCUGCUCCAUCUUUGUUCUAGUUCCUUUUCUGCUGGAGGACUGAAGACUUUCUUCCUCCAUCAUUUGCUGUUUCUUUCUUCUGCCCCCGUUUCACACCACCACUGCCAAUACCCCCACCUGACAAAAAGUUUCCUCCCUUCAGCCAUGGCAGCAGCUGCUAUGGCUUCCUCCUCGGCCCCCCCAUUAUCAUCUUCUCACAGUGAUGGAGGUCGGGAUCCCGUCCUGACGGAGCGCCGACGCGGCCUUCCCUCCCGGCCGUACACGAUUGGCCCUGACGGCCUCCACACCCUGUCGGAACAGGAGGCCCCUUCCUCCUCCAUGACAGCAGAAGGAAUGGGGGCGGGGCUCCAGCGGGCCAACAGCGACACAGACCUGUUGACCUCGGAGGGCCGCUCAUCGCUGACGGCGUCCACGUACCAGUUGACUCUGGGCCACGGGCAGCUGGUCAUAUCCUGGGACAUCAAGGAGGAGGUGGACGCCACCGACUGGAUUGGACUCUACCACAUUGACGAGACGUGUGUGGCAAACAUGUGGGACUCCAAGAACCGCGGCGUCAACGGCACCCAGACAGGACACAUCGUAUGGAGGCUGGAGCCAGAACCCUACUUUACAGAACCGGAAACAAAGAUCUGCUUCAGGUACUACCACGGACUGAGUGGAGCUCUACGAGCGUCUACACCCUGCAUCACCGUCCAGAAUCCUGGAGUUCUGGUGAGGAGUGAAGGUGAACGGGAGGAGCCGUCGGGCGGGGAGCUCUGUCAGAGGCUGGUCACCUUCACCAUUUCAGACGUCAGAGCCGUGGGACUGAAGAAGGGGAUGUUCUUCAACCCCGACCCCUACCUGAAGAUGUCCAUCCAGCCCGGCAGGAGGACUGGCCUCCCCAAGUUCACCCACCAGGGUCAGGAGAGGCGCUCCUCCAUCGUCCUCAACACCACCAACCCCGCGUGGCACGGAGAGAAGUUCACCUUCGUGGCGCUCCUGAGCGACGUGCUGGAGGUUGAGGUGAAGGACAAGUUCGCCAAGAGCCGGCCAAUCAUUAAGCGCUUCCUGGGUCAGCUGGUUGUUCCUGUUCAGAGACUCCUGGAAGGACAAACGCGCACCGACCACGAGCUCAGCUUCGGGCUGAGCCGCCGCCUCCCCACCGACCACGUGAGCGGCCAGCUCAGCUUCAGAGUCAGCCUCACCUCUCCUGGUUCUGAAGAAGCAGCCGUGGAUCUUGGAGCGACCGCGCUGGGGGGCGCUGAAACGCCGUCAGAUGAUGAAGACCUGCCGCACUCUUCCUCCCCUCAUUGCGUGUUCGAGCCAUCCCUGUCCGGUCCGGAAGUGGGCCGCCUGAACGGUUUCUACGGCGACGGCACCCUGUGGUGUGAAGCCAGAGAGAGGGGAGGGGCUUCAGGGCCCCACUGCCAGAGGCAGGUGUCCCUCAACGACUACCUGGACGCCAUCGAAGCCCCUCCCAGCAUGGGGGGGCGAGCGGCGCCUCUGCCAAGGCUCCGCUCCAGUUUCCCCACGGACACCCGGCUCAGCGCCAUGCUGCACAUCGACUCGGACGAGGAGGAGGACGCGGCGGGUCGGCGGCAGGAGGCGGAGCCACAGCAGAGCGCAGCCGCCGGGUCUGACGACCCUGAAGCCGGACCGGAGGCCGGUGUCUCAGGGACGGGCGGGUCUGCCGCAGAGCUGUCACAGGUCCAAACAGAACCGGGCUGUUGUGAGAAUGAUGGGGCCUCUGGCUCCUCCCACGGACCGCUGUCACCCAUCCAGGAGGUGGAUGCUGGGAAAGAAACGGCUCCAAAGGCAGAGGAAGAGGGGGCGGAGUCAUCCAGCAGCGAGGCCACCGGGCCAGCCGGAGCGGCCCCCACCCCCAGCAGCAGCGCAGGGGUCACUGUGGGGGGUUCUGAGCCUGGAGCUGAGGGGGGCGGAGCCCCGGAGAAGGGAGGAGCCGUGUGGAGGAGGCUGUCUGAGGGGUUGGAGCAGAACCAGGACAAAUCCAGAACCAGGAAGGAUGAAGCCCGGACCAGGCCUGGGGAAGGAGAGACAGGCGCUGUGGCUGCCGGCGGCGGCCAUCAGUCCGUCCGUUCUCUGCCAUCGGUCCGUAAUGAUAUCAGCCGCUACCAACGGGUGGAUGAAGCGCUGCCUCCGGACUGGGAGGCUCGGGUCGACAGCCACGGCCGCAUCUUCUACGUGGACCAUGUCAACAGAACCACCACGUGGCAGCGGCCCACGGCGCCCCCCGCCCCACAGACCUUUCAGAGGUCCAGCUCCACCCAGCAGAUGGAGCAGCUGAUCCGCAGGUACCAGAACAUCCACAGGACCAUGACCAACCACUGCAGAGCCGAGGAGCAGCCGGCAGCUGAGCUGCAGGGAGACGAGGUGGAGGCUCCGCCCCUCGUUUCAGACCUGCGCAGGGACAGUGGUCAGUCUGGGUCCAGGUCUCGAGUGUCCCUCCUCCAGUCCCCCAGCUGCAGGUUCCUCAGUAGUCCAGACUUUUUCACUGUGCUGCAUUCAAACCCCAGUGCCUACCGCAUGUUCUCCACCAACACGUGUCUGAAGCACAUGGUCAGUAAGGUCCGCCGGGACGCACACCACUUUGAGCGGUACCAGCACAACCGCGACCUGGUGGCCUUCCUCAACAUGUUUGCCAACAAGCAGCUGGAGCUGCCCAGAGGCUGGGAGAUGAAGCACGACCACACGGGCAAGUCUUUCUUUGUAGAUCACAACUGCCGCGCCACCACCUUCAUCGACCCCCGCCUGCCAGUCCAGAGCGCCCGGCCCCCCAGUGUGCUGGCUCACCACCAACACUUGACACGGCAGCGCAGCCACAGCGCCGGAGAGGUUAGCCCCCGCAGACGGUGGAGGGAGGACUCCCGGCACGCCGGGCCGGCAGUGCUGCCGCGACCUUCAAGCACCUUGACCUCAGCCGGGCGGGGUCAGGUCCAGGAGGCGGUGCCAGCAGCUUACAACGAGAAGAUCGUGGCGUUCCUGCGUCAGGGGAACAUCUGCGAGAUUCUGCAGGAGAGACAACCCGACCUGAGCCGGAACCAGCUUCUCAGGGAAAAGGUCCAGCUGAUCCGCUCAGACGGCGUGCCGGCCCUGAACCGGCUGUCCGGAGACGCAGACCUGGUCAUGCUGCUCAGCUUGUUUGACGAGGACAUCAUGUCCUACGUGCCCCCCCACGCCUUACUGCACCCCAGCCACUGCCAGUCCCCCUGGGGGUCGCCUGCGUCCUCCCCCCAGAACUCGCCGGGCACUCAGAGGGCCAACGCCAGAGCCCCCGCCCCCUACAAAAGAGACUUUGAAGCCAAGCUACGCAACUUCUACCGAAAGCUGGAAACCAAAGGUUACGGCCAGGGUCCCGGGAAGCUGAAGCUCAGCAUCCGGAGGGACCACCUGCUGGAAGACGCCUUCAACCAGAUCAUGUGCUACUCCAGGAAGGACCUGCAGCGCAGCAAGUUCUACGUCAGCUUUGUGGGGGAGGAGGGACUGGACUACAGCGGGCCUUCCAGGGAGUUCUUCUUCCUGGUUUCGAGGGAGCUCUUCAACCCUUAUUAUGGUCUGUUUGAGUACUCGGCCAACGACACCUACACGGUUCAGAUCAGCCCCAUGUCAGCCUUUGUGGACAACCAUUAUGAAUGGUUCCGGUUCAGCGGCCGGAUUCUGGGUCUGGCUCUCAUCCAUCAGUACCUGCUGGACGCCUUCUUCACCAGACCCUUCUACAAGGGUCUCCUGCGCAUCCCGUGCGACCUGACCGACCUGGAGUACCUGGACGAGGAGUUCCACCAGUCGCUGCAGUGGAUGAAGGACAACGACAUCGAGGGCAUCCUGGAGCUGACCUUCACCGUCAACGAGGAGGUCUUCGGACAGAUCACAGAGCGGGAGCUCAAGCCCGGAGGGGGGAACAUCCCGGUGUCGGAGAGGAACAAGAAGGAGUACAUCGAGCGGAUGGUGAAAUGGAGGAUCGAAAGAGGAGUGGUCCAGCAGACCGAAAGCCUGGUCCGAGGGUUCUACGAGGUGGUGGACGCCAGGCUGGUGUCCGUGUUCGAUGCCAGAGAGCUGGAGCUGGUGAUCGCUGGGACGGCAGAGAUAGACCUGUCCGACUGGAGGAGCAACACGGAGUACCGAGGAGGUUACCAUGACAACCACAUCGUGAUCCGCUGGUUCUGGGCGGCGGUGGAGAGGUUCAACAACGAGCAGAGACUGCGGCUGCUGCAGUUUGUGACCGGGACGUCCAGCAUCCCGUACGAGGGCUUUGCCGCUCUGCGCGGCAGCAACGGACCCCGCAAGUUCUGCGUGGAGAAGUGGGGGAAGGUCACCUCCCUGCCGAGGGCCCACACCUGCUUCAACCGUCUGGACCUGCCCCCCUACCAGUCCUUCUCCAUGCUGUUCGAGAAACUGCUGACGGCGGUGGAGGAGACCAGCACCUUCGGGCUGGAGUGAAGCAGACCUUCCUGGUCUUUUUGUAACAGGUGAACCACUUCCUGUCCGAGGAACCGACCCCGUGCAGGUGAACCACUUCCUGUCCGAGGAACCGACCCCGUGCAGGUGAACCACUUCCUGUCCGAGGAACCGACACCGUGCAAGUGAAACUCACCUGGGCCUUUUACUGCUCAUCGUUUUUUGUAUUUUGGAGCAAGAACAAUCAAAUAAAAGUCGCACACCAAACCUC